UUACCACAGUUACAAAGUCGCUAUAUUGGCUGUCGUAAAAUUGUAUGAAGACUGCUUUUUUGGGGUAAAUUUACGGUUAGGCAUAAUGCUAGCAGUGUGAUUAGGCUUAUCUUUAAAAUCCGGUUUUAAGAAGAUACAUUGUAGAAAUAUACGGGGUUAGUCAUAAUUAUGACUUUGUGGCUACUCGUGACAACCACGUCCUUUCCAUGAUUAUUAACGUUAGUGUUGCUGGCUACAUCAAAUAACAUAUCGUCAGAUAACGUUAACAUUCAUUAUACUGUCAAGAUGACUGCUUAUAAACGUCCGCUGAUGGGAACUGUCCCAUGAGGAACAGGCUAAUCAGCGCUAAGGACAGAGGGAGGCACAUUAACUUCCUGACAACAACAAGAUGAGGAUUUCAAAGCGUUGUGGCUCCAACAGACGUUUGUUGUUGCCCUUGCUGGUCCUUGGGUUGAUGAUCUUAUUGGCAGUUGUAACCCUUAAUUGGUUUGAGACUGAAUCACAGAUGCCUUUGGCAUGGCACGUGGAUCCCAACCACCGAAAGCUUGUGCACUCUUUUGUACGGGGUGUUCUUUUGAACCAGUGCAGACCAGCCUUUGCCAGAAAGGGAGUAGAAGCAAGGCUCCAGAGCUCUAGUCAUGUGACUGAUCCUUUCCUGUGGCGGGACACACUGCUGACUCGAGAGAUGUUCAAGUACCCCCCACCAUUCGGUUUCCGUGACAUGCAUGGCAAACUGAAGGAUGUCCUCAACCUCCUCCCUGCUCAACCAGAGCAGCUGAAGAAAGGGUGCAGACGCUGUGUGGUCUUGGGAAAUGGAGGAAUCCUCCGUGGCCUUGAGCUGGGCGCCCUGCUUGACCAGUUUGAUGUUGUCAUUAGGCUCAAUAGUGGUCCUUUGAGGAACUACAGUAAAGACGUGGGGAACCGGACCUCUAUCCGGAUGAGCUACCCAGAGGGAAGCCCCAAGGUCUGGGAAGAUGUGGACCCUGAGCUGCAGUUUGUGGCGGUGGUCUACAAGGCUGUAGACUUCAAGUGGAUCAGAGCAAUGAUCAACAGACAAAAAGUUUCCCUUUGGGACUGGCUGUUUUUCUGGCAGAAGGUGCCAGAGAAGAUUCCAGUAGACUUAUCAAAGUUCCGUUUAUUGAAUCUGGAGAUCAUCAGGCAGAUGGCGAUGGACCUGUUAGCCUACUCCUCCCCACAGAAACGCCUCUGGGGCUGGGACCAGAACGUGCCCACCAUGGGCAUCUCAGCCCUCAACCUGGCCACCUACCUAUGUGAUGAGGUCAGCCUAGCAGGCUUUGGUUACAACCUCAGCCAGAAGGAGACGCCCCUGCAUUACUAUGACAAUAUACCCAUGACCGCUAUGCUGGGGCAGAACAUGCACAACGUGGACCGUGAAAGGGCUCUCCUCCAGAGCCUGGUGAAGGAAGGGACUGUAUCAGACCUCACAGGGGGCCUGCACUGCACUUUCUGCCCCAGCUGAAAGAGACUGAUCUGGGCCCGCAGCGCAGCUAGCGACACACCAACGAUCUACCUUCCACUGACUUAUCAUUCCAAUACCUUUCACCCUGGAAUUCAAAAAGUUGAUUUGAGUCUAUGGAUCUGGGUACUUGACUGCAAACUCUUCUAUGUUCUAGUGCAUGCCAGCAUAUUGAAUCUGCAUGGACUAGAUGUGCUGACAUGAUGGGGAACAGUGAAGCUGUACACUUCUCCCCUGUGCAGUUGAAAACGACAAGCCUAAAUCCUUCUAUAAGGGAAGUAUUAUCACUGCUAAACUUAAAUGUUUUUUGUAUUUAUUAAGAGAUAAUUACUUAAUUAAAUCUUAGCAUAAAGUUGAUGCUAAAAAGUGUACAAACACUUAAAUAUUGUGAAUAAUGAACAGAUGGACUAACAACAGAUAAUUAACAUUACCCUUUUUAUGCUUUCGAUUUUAAGUUGAAUGUUUAGUUUGUCCACAAGGUGUCUGAAUUUUGUUGUGUUUUUACAUUUUUCUAAUGUAAUUAUUAGAUUGUUUUUAUUAUAAUAAUGUAUGUUCUCAAUACUUGACUUGGACUAAGAUGAGAGCCGGUAAUAAUUAUAUUUACAGUGGGGCAUAAAAGUAUUUAGUCAGUCACCAAUUGUGCAAGUUCUCCCACUUAAAAAGAUGCAAUUUUCAUCAUAGGUACACUUCAACUAUGACAGACAAAAUGAGAAAAAAAAUCCAGAAAAUCACAUUGUAGGAUUUUUAAUGAAUUUAUUUGCAAAUUAUGGUGGAAAAUAAGUAUUUGACCUCUCACUCUUUGGCACAAAGAGAAGAUUCAAAUGGGAGGCAGGCCUACACACAAACUAUAAUGUAUGGGCCAUUUGCUAAAUAUUUUUUAUAAUUUAAUUAUCAGUCACCAUUUUUCUUUUAUUCCAGGCUUUAUUAAAGAAUUCCGGAAAUACACAAAGGACAGUUUCUCCUCAUGGCUCAGCCACAUAAUGCCAGGGUAUAUCUGGUGGGCUUUCUCCUCAUGGCUGAGCCACAUAAUUCCAGGGUAUAUCUGGUGGGCUUUCUCCUCAUGGCUGAGCCACAUAAUGCCAGGGUAUAUCUGGUGGGCUUUCUCCUCAUGGCUGAGCCACAUAAUGCCAGGGUAUAUCUGGUGGGCUUUCUCCUCAUGGCUGAGCCACAUAAUGCCAGGGUAUAUUUGGUGGGCUUUCUCCUCAUGGCUGAGCCACAUAAUGCCAGGGUAUAUCUGGUGGGCUUUCUCCUCAUGGCUGAGCCACAUAAUGCCAGGGUAUAUUUGGUGGGCUUUCUCCUCAUGGCUGAGCCACAUAAUGCCAGGGCAUAUCUGGUGGGCUUUCUCCUCAUGGCUGAGCCACAUAAUGCCAGGGUAUAUUUGGUGGGCUUUCUCCUCAUGGCUGAGCCACAUAAUGCCAGGGUAUAUUUGGUGGGCUUUCUCCUCAUGGCUGAGCCACAUUAAUGCCAGGGUAUAUCUGGUGGGCUUUCUGGAAUAAGUACACGUGCAUAAUGUGGUAGAAAGGGCCAUAGAGGAUCAUAUUAAUAGAAUUCUCUAUUUCAUUGAGGUCACAAUAGUUAAAUGGUGUUUCCUCUUCCAUUUCACCACAAUACCGACCUGUUUCAAUACACAGAGACAAUAUCCCUGAUCUUACCUAUUUCAAUACGCGGAGGCAAUAUCCCUAAUCUUACAUAGCGAUCUCUUGCUUUUCGGGAGGUUGUACAUUACAUUUCUUACACAGAAAUUCCCCCUUAAUGAAAGGGUUUAUGAUUUAAUCUCCUCCAAUUAUUUAUUUUCAUAUUGCAUAAUCAGUUGUGUUUUAAUAGUGUCUAUGUCUCACUUCAUUUGGUUUUUGUACAACUGUUCACAGUCAGACUGUUGGAAAAUGUCAGACAUUUCAGUUGUCCAGGCUCCCCCGAUGGAGAGCUCCCAUUGAAAAACGCUGCUGGCUAUUCUGGCAAUUGGCAUAUCCAAAAGUCUAUUCCAAAGUCUCACCAUAAACGCCUUCCAUCUCACCUCACAGGAAUCCCAGCCCAUGUCCCAGUUAUUUCCAGUAUAGGUGCAAACUUGUGGAGACCUAAAAAAAUAACGUACUGCUCUGUUAUGGACGUGUUCAUUUUUGAGAUACCUCUUAGCACCCCACACUCCUGCUGAAUAGUCCAGGACAGGACACACGCAUGUCUGAUACAGUUUGGAGUACGUAGCAUAACCAAUAUCUUUGAUUGCUUUUGUUUUUCCGAGAACUCCCCCAGGAGCUCUACUUGCUGAGUCGGCCCGGGCAGAUGUGCCGUAUAGAAAGGUCAUAUGUUCAUCAAAAUAAAGACCAAAUAUUUAGAAUUGCUAGUAACCUUGCAUUUCUUCACCAAAACACACCUGAGAAACACUUCUCUUGGUACCCGGUUUUCUAAAAUGCAAUAUCUGUAUGUUUUUCUGAUUGAUCAUGCGUCUCCAUCUUUUGCGAUAAUUGACUGUACAUAAUACCAUUUUCUGUAGGUCUUGUUCAGUUUCUGCCAUUAAAAUAAUAUCAUCAGCAUAUAA